AUGGACAGUUGAACGAGCAUCAAACGUAACUCAACCAAGAGACAUGAAGUACUUCUUUACUCUUACAAUUUUGAUCAGUCUUUACUGUAUCGCAGAAGGUGCCAAAAGGACAUGCAUGGCGUGCAAAUCGAGCUCAUCAAGCAGCGAUUGCCAAAAAGGAACAGCUACUGGCACAUGUGAAGGAAAAAUCUGCUAUGCGUAUGUAUACCUGGAAAAUAUUAGUACUUUCUUAGGAACAACCAAUCAGAAACGAUGGUGGAUUAGAGGAUGCACAGACGACAGGGAAUUCUGUGAUACGGGCUCACACAUUGGUUGUACCCUUUGCAAAGGAAAGGAUAAAUGCAAUAGCAAACCACUUACUAAAUAUGCAAACUAAUACUUAGGUUGAGAUAAACGAAGAUAUGGCUGAUGAUUUCCCAAUAAAUGUAUGCGUUAUAAUGA